UAGGCUUCACUCACAAAAUCGCGAUUCGAAUUCAUCAUUUUCUUUCAAUCAAGAAUCAGCUUCAGUCAUUGUUCUAAUUCGAACUCCCUCUAGAAUAACUUUUUGUUUUUGUCGAACAAAAAUGGCUAACACCAGCAACAAUGUCGCUGGGGUUGACAACACAUUCAGAAGAAAAUUCGAUCGUGAAGAGUAUCUCGAACGAGCUCGGGAGCGUGAGAGACAGGAGGAAGAGGGUCGAGCAAAACCUAAAGCUAAAGGUCCUCCAGUGCAGAGGAAGCCCUUGAAACAUAGAGAUUAUGAAGUAGACCUCGAAUCCCGGUUGGGAAAGACUCAGGUUGUAACGCCGGUUGCACCACUAAGCCAACAGGCUGGAUAUUACUGCUCAGUUUGUGAGUGUGUGGUGAAGGACUCUGCAAACUACUUGGAUCAUAUUAAUGGAAAGAAACAUCAAAGAGCGUUGGGCAUGUCUAUGCGAGCUGAACGUUCUUCUCUCAAACAGGUUCAGGAACGGUUUGAAAAUCUUAAGAAACGUAAAGACCUUGGAAGCUUUACUGAGCAAGAUUUUGACGAAAGGAUUUUAAAACAGCAACAAGAAGAGGAAGAAAGAAAGCGACUGCGUCGGGAAAAGAAAAAAGAAAAGAAGAAGGAGGCUGUGGAAGAACCUGAAACCGAUCCUGAUGUUGCUGCCUUGAUGGGGUUUGGUGGUUUCCGGUCAUCAAACAAAAAGUGACAUUCUACAUGCACGAUGUAUGAAAUUUUGAGCGACUUUCUGCAAUGUUAAGCUGAAUCUGUAGCAGCUUGAUUCUGGGUGGCUUAAGGAUGAAUAUAUGAUUAAAAGAAAAAUAGUUGGGCUCAAAUAGUAGUUUGCAAGCUGGUUCAUUGUGUUAUAUUUGUUAACAAGAUUGGUUUGGUUGUUGUACAUUUCUUCUGAUUGCUAACAUGAUGUAUCAAAAAAAGCUUAAAACAUGUGUAUUCGCUAUCGCUGUCUAUGUGGGGAGAGACAACUUUCCAGCUAUAGAAAUUCAUUACAAACAUUCGAUGCAAUUCGAUAAUGGGCUUAAGAAAUUAUAAGAUGAUCAUAGCUGACAAUGGUGCAGAGUUACCUUAAA